AUGACAGAAUACUUAGCAAGACCAUUUUUCAUUUUGUCUGCCACACUGGUGUUGUCACUGUCUGUAGUGGGUCAGGCCACAGUCUACUCGAUACCAAACGAUGUAUAUCAAGGAGCCAUACAGAUGCAGGAGAACUCAGGUCUUUAUCCUCUUGAUGGGCCAAAGCUAACUCCGUGGCCAAAUGCGACCUCAUAUGAUUGGUGGUACUUUGAUGUCGUUUCGACAUCUAACAAUGCGUCAUUUGUGUCCACUUUCUUUCUCAAUCGUGGCGCCUUUCGUGGAGUUAAUGAAACAGCACCGAAUGUGGUCGAUGCAUCGGUUACAUUUCCAAAUGGUACUGCGGUAGAUACCACUACGUUUGUCGAUCUAAACGAGAACGUUACUGUCACAACACUUGGAAAUGGUUCUUCUGGAGAUUGGACAGGCACUGGAGCUAAUUGGAACGGCUCACCCGACUUGAAAUCAUAUACCAUAAACUACAAUUCCUCGGCCAUCAAAGGAAGCAUCGUUCUCACCUCGGUUUCUCCAGCGCAUUAUCCUUGCAACAAGGCUGAGCCAUUCUCAGACGAAUUGCUUUGCCCAAAUGUUGGAUGGGCUAAUUCUAUUCCGGAUUCGAAUGCCGUUGUUGACCUGACUGUCAAUGGAGAAAGAUUGGCGUUUACCGGCUACGGGUACCACGACAAGAACUGGGGUGACAUCAACUUCGCCGAAGCUAUAAAGUCGUGGUAUUGGGGCCAUGGCCGAUUGGGUCCCUACUCGAUCGUAUGGUUUGAUGCUCUGGGCACGGAUGGCACAGAAUACGUGUCGUCUUGGGUCACCGACGACGGCACGAUCAUUGCUGGCAACUGCACUUCGGGAUCGUUACGGGUGCGGCCUUUUGGCACCAACGCUACCUACCCGCCGGACCCGACUUCCCCGCUGCCCGACGGCUAUUCGAUAUCUUACGAUCUUGGAGCGAAAGGCACGCUGGAUGUAAAUUUCACCAGAGAGCUGCACUUUUUUUCCACGCCCACAUACAAUCGAUUCCUCGGCAACCUGGAGGGAGGCAUCACUGGUGAGCAAAACUUCACCGGUCAGGCGCUGUGUGAGCAGUUUGCAUUCUAG